AUGCAAAUUUAUUUGAAUAUUUCAGAUGGACGACACGGUGGAGGAGUCGCCACCGAUUUGCGAGUACUCGUUUACGAGUCUUCGAUGACGGAGAUCCGAUCAUCGAGUGCGCCGAAUGUUCGCAACUCGAUUUGUUUUCGUAAAACGGCCAUUUCCUCGGCGAGCAAAUCGGUUUCACUGGUGUCCCUGCAAGCUUUAGCUGAUCAUUUCGACAAAUACUUCAUUCGUGGACAAAUCGGACAAUCUAUGAGAGACUUUGUGGAAUUAAUGCGAGUGAUUUGUGUUGAGGAUUCCCGUUGGUGGACACAUUUCGAUUUCAUUAGUGAUUCGCUAAAGUUUCAAGUGAUCGUUCGUUCUUGGAUGGAAAGCUCCGAGGAGUUCGAUCCGUUUAAUGUACAAGCGGUGAUCAGGAAUUUGUUCAUAUUUCUUCAAAAGAAACGUUUGGAGUUCGAAGCGGAGAAGAUUGAUGGGAAAAAAAAGUUAAAAAUGAAGACAAUGAUUGGGAAUUUGAUGGCAACAGAACAGCUAAAGGUUGAGCAACGACAACCGAGCAAGUCAAUCACCAUCAAAGAGGAAUUGUCUAUCGAUGUCGGCCACGAGCCAUCGGAUGACAGUGAGAGCUUCUCUCCGCGAAGAUCCACGAGACAAUCGAAAACGAAAAGUAGUGAGAAACGGAGUGGUCUUCGUGAUCGAAGCUCGAGACGGUCAAUCGUUGAGGAAUCCGAGUCUCCACCACCGUGGGAGUUGGGAAAAGUCGGAAAAGACGAUGAUUCGCCGCGACGGAGACGAACAUCUGGAGUUUCCACCUCAUCACCCGGUCAACCAUCCCCACAAAUCAACGUUGACGACGAUUUUCAAUUCGUCAAACCGAUGAUGAAAGAGAAGAGACAUGAAGACACCCCGAGUACACCAACAAUUCGCUCGCGAAAAUCGUCAUCUGUUUUAAAGGAGACUAUAGGUCCAUUUGAUCGUUUGUUCAUCCCAUGUGAUUGUCCGAACUCCAUCUCUUCUCCCAUCUCAUUUUGUGUUCGCUGUGGAUGGUCACCAGGAAAUGCGCCACAUCCUUAUGAGCCACUCUGGUACAUCAUCGAGCGAGACAAUCAAGUCUAUGUGAUCAACACCGACGCAAAACAAAGAGAGAUUCGAUGCAAAUUUGUCAAGGAUGAUCAAAACUCACUCCGAAUCCUCGCCGACACUUUCAAUGAAUUCCCGGAGAUUGAGGAAGAAGAAGAGGAAGAUGAGGAUGACAUGGAGAUCGAUGAAAAAGAUGUGGGAGAUUUGAUUACGGACAUUGAAUUACCGCCUGUACUUGAAAUGAUGAGCCCAUUGAGGAGAAGGUCGUCGGUGAGAGCAACGAGUCGAGACUCGAGCAGGAGAUCCGAGGCAAGUCACGCAAGCAAAAUGGAAGAAGACGGAAUGGAUGACGGAGAAGAGGAGAACGAAGAUGGGGCACAACCAAAAAGAUUGAGAAAGAUGAGCAGAAAAAUGAGAGAGUCACUGUACGGGAGUGAGGAAAAUGAUGAACAGAAUCCCGAAGCCCCACUUUCCUCACCACUUUCCUCACCCACAGCCAAUCAAAGUUUGCCAAAAUUGGACCCGGAAAGCUCUCCAUUAAGAGAAAAACCUUCUGAAAAUGCAUGUACGGAGCUGGAAAAGUUUUUGGAAGAGAACGAAGAAUGUGAUGAUCCGUAUGCGCACUUGUUGGACAAUGUUGGACCAGGCUGGGAAUCGAAUGCAUCUGAUGGAGAUGAUGACACAUCAGCUUGUGAUGAGAUCAAGAGAGGAGCGUUGACUGAAACGAGUUUUGACGAGAGAACAGCCACGAGAAGAGACUCUACCGGGUCAAAAAGGGCUCACAACGAGAUUACGAGUCAUGAGCUGAAUGGAGACUAUUGGAAACCGGUGACCGCGAAUCGAGAGGAGAGAAACGGUCGACGCGGGAAUCGAACGCUUUCCCCGCAAAACUCACUCACUGCAUCGCGUGGUGACUCGUUUGAUGACCUAGAAGUUGGGGUCAUUCCUCAGCUGAAUCCAGAAACUCAUCCAGAAGAGCGAGACUCGUUGCUUUCGUCGGAUGAUGGGGAAAGUGGCGAUGAAAUGUUCGCCAGGAGAAUGAAAAUCCCCUAUGCAAAUUUCAUCGAUCAACAGCCGCCAUUCAGCGUUGAGAACAACUCAAGCGGGAAAAGAAAUCUCCACAUUUUGAAGGCAGCUAGCGGCAUUCGACCUCAUUGGAGCAGUGCGGUGAUCGGGCCGGCGUUUGCUCGGAUGAAAAUUGAUGAUUCGAAUAAGCAAAGUGUUGAGAAAGUUCUCCGAGCUGUAGAUGUGCUACAUGGAUGGAAAAAAGAUGAACAAGAGCCGAUUGAUGUCCUUGAAUGUCUCACGAAACCCGCACCAUUUCCAGGAAGACAGAUCUUUGCCCAUCUGCUAUCAGACAGUCAACGAGCUGGUCAAGCACUCACGGGAAUUCCUCUCUCCUACGUGGUGAAAGAUGACGAAGAAGAGGAGAUUCAGACGGCUAUUUACGAGGGUGAAUCCGAUGGUGGAUUGAGCGAGAUGGUAAAGAAAACGAAAUGGAGUGAUGCUGGGAAGAUCCCGAGAGGAGUCGUGGGUAUCGGUUACAAACACACGACAAGUGGUGAUGUUUGUGAAGAGAUCGUUUACCCGGGAGAUGAUGAACAAGAUAUUCUUUUGCGAGCAACUCGGGCGACAAGCACAAGAAGC